UGGGGCUUCGCCAGGGGCAUUCGGGUGAAGUGUCUGCCGCCCAGUGCCCGGCGCCCCUGGAGGCCCUGCCAUGCUUUUACCACCCCGACGGAACCGGACCCUGUACCCGCCGCUGCUGCUCUUGCAGCUGCAGCUGCCCCCAGCAGGAGCCUGGGGCCCCGAAGGGGCAGGUGGGAACAGCCGGGAGAUUCUGGGGCCGGCGCAGAUAGUCACUGCCAGCCUCCUGUCGCUCCUCAUUCUCUGGACCUUGCUGGGGAAUGUGUUGGUGUGUGUGGCCAUCAUCCGAUACAGACAUCUGCGCUCCAAGAUGACCAACAUCUUCAUUGUGUCUUUGGCCAUCUCUGACCUCUUUGUAGCCCUCCUAGUCAUGCCCUGGAAAGCCGUAGCAGAGGUGGCCGGCUACUGGCCCUUUGGGGCCUUCUGCAAUAUUUGGGUGGCCUUUGACAUCAUGUGCUCUACGGCCUCCAUCCUGAACCUGUGCGUCAUCAGCGUGGACCGCUACUGGGCCAUCUCCAGCCCCUUCCGUUAUGAGCGCAAGAUGACCCAGAGGGUGGCCUCGAUCAUGAUCAGUGCAACCUGGGCCUUGUCCAUCCUCAUCUCUUUCAUCCCUGUGCAGCUCAAUUGGCAUAAAGAUCAAGAGGGUUUUGCUAGAAACCAGUCUCCUCCAUCUACUUUCACCAAUGGGACCCCCUGGGGAGAGGAGACAGAGGAACUCGUGACUGAGGGAGUUGAGAACUGUGACUCAAGUCUCAACAGGACUUAUGCCAUCUCCUCCUCCCUGAUCAGUUUCUAUAUACCGGUGGCCAUUAUGAUCGUGACCUAUACGAGGAUUUAUCGCAUAGCCCAGGUGCAGAUUCGGAGGAUUUCCUCCUUGGAGAGGGCUGCGGAGCAUGCUCAGAGCUGCCGGAGCAACCGAAUGGACUGCCCGCAUCAUAACAGCCUCAAGACCUCCAUCAGGAAGGAGACCAAAGUCCUAAAGACGCUAUCUGUGAUCAUGGGGGUCUUUGUCUGCUGCUGGCUCCCCUUCUUCAUUCUGAACUGCAUGGUUCCUUUCUGUGACAACCCUGGAGACCCCCAAGCUGGCUUCCCUUGUGUGAGUGAGACAACUUUUGACAUAUUUGUCUGGUUUGGGUGGGCCAACUCAUCCCUCAACCCUAUCAUCUAUGCCUUCAAUGCUGACUUUCGAAAGGUAUUUGCCAACCUUCUGGGGUGCAGCCACUUCUGUGCUGGAACCCCGGUGGAGACAGUGAACAUUAGCAAUGAGCUCAUCUCUUACAACCAGGACACAGUAUUCCACAAAGAGAUUGCCACUGCCUACGUCAACAUGAUCCCUAAUGUGGUUGACUCUGUAAGUGGAAAUGAUGAUGGUCCUUUUGACAGGAUGUCUCAGAUUUCCCAAACUUCCCCGAAUCAUGAUCUUGCAACUGAUUCAGUGUGCGAGCUGGACUGUGAGGGAGAGAUUUCACUGGGCAAAAUAACUCCCUUCACUCCAAAUGGUUUACAUUAAACUGCUUAAGGAAUUGGUUUCUUGGAACGGUACAUUUGUAAAUGUUUAAAUACACACAUAAACCCAAACACCCAAACACAUACACACUCCUACACUUGCUGGUCAGGUAAACACAUGCCUUUUCUGUAUUUCUGUCUAGUGUCUGAAGUGCUUAGCAAAACUAUGGAAGUGAAAGGAGGAACUUCAGUACCACAGUCUUGUUUCUUCUUCAUCACCAGGGAGGGUGAAAUGUUCAUGGACAUUAAAACGUAGUUUUUACAAACUGUUUGUCCUGUGACUUGUGUUUGGAUUGGUUUUUAAAACAGCAGAGACCCAAGGGUAGGGUGGGGGAAUUUAUCUCUAUAUCACUGUCUGUUCUAAUGUGUUUGUGCAAUCCCUAUCAUGCUGGGUUUCUUUUUUGGCUAAGGAAUCCUUCUUGAUUUGCUCUGAAGGACUAAUAAAUGUAGGUUAUAUUGAUAA